UAAAGAAACACACAGCUCCUUCCGCGUGCUCGCACACCCUAAGACAAAAAACCUACAGGGCAAUCAAGGCCAAAGGACACAGCUUCAGUCACCUGGAAAGACAAACUGUUUUCCAGAGGGCUGCACUAAUUUACCUGAAAAAGGCAGUGUGUGCGUUUGUCACGGUGUCCUUGUGAGCACUUGGUGUAAAUUUUAUUGAAAGCCAUACUAACUGUGAAAUAAAUGAUAUUUUGCAUUUCUAUAAUUCUUCGUAGACUGACCUUUCAAGACGCUUCUUUCUGAAAUGAAUUUAUACGGGCACUGCAUAAAAGAAAGACAUUAACGCUUCUUGUACCAGCUGCACUGACUUUUAUCAAUUUAGCUUCCUGUUUCUGCAAGGUUGUGCGUCUGGCCCCCGGCUGCUGUUCCAUGGUGCGUGCCCCAUCCAUCCUGAGGUCACAGCGUGGCCUCCUUUCAGCCAGGGCGAGCUUCCAAAAGGCAGACCUGAUGCUUCUCUCUUGCUGCAAACACUCACUUCCAGGAACCUUCCAAGUCCACACACUGGUCCAGGAAACCGGGCAUCUGGGCCCCGCCACGCUCUCCCCUGAGCACCCGCCACUCCCCAGCCCUCACCUGUCCGUCCUCCCUCAUCCCUGCAGGUCCCCAAACAUGCGGCCUGCGCUGCCCUGUGCCCCUGCCUGCGCUCGCCCGUUGGGAUGCACGUGGCUCAUGCCAACCUUACCCAGCAGCCUUUGGGCACUCCCCAUCACCCUGCUACGCUCAGUGUUUGUGCCUCUGUAAACACCUGUUGCAAUACUGUGAUUUAUAGGGAAAAUAUAUAGUUGGUCACUCAGAAGAAUAUAUUUCUCAUAUGCAUUUGGUCUUCACCCACAGAUCCUGGCUCACAGCUGCAAAACCUUCGGAAUUUCCUGCAAUAAGAGUGAUGGGAUAUUUGGACUCUAGUCCUCCGUUCCUGAAGACACUUUAGGGCCAUAAAGGUGAAACGGGUGCAUAAGCACCCUUUCUGUCACAGUGAGUUUGUUAAUGAAGGUGACUUCUAGAUCCCACCAGCAGGGUGCCCAAGAAUCGCCUGUUGGCGUAGGGAAGGCUGCACACACGCGCACACGCACACACGUUGCAACUGGGCCUGGGAACCCCUUUAUCACCUGUCCCCUUGCAUCUCCCUGGUUCCUUGUGCUAAUUUACUCAGCUGUCGCCAUCAGAUGACGGUCUGUGAUAGGAGGAAGCCUGUCUUAUCUGACUUAAUGUCCCAGCACUAGACAUAAAAGCCAGCAGGACUCUAUACGUAGAUAUACUUGGUGAAUAAAUUAAUUAAAAUACUGUUACUACUUGUCUUAGAAUCCUGGAAUCCCAGGUCACAGCAACAGUAGGUUUUGUCCCCUUUUCCAAGUGCAGCAUCAGUCCUAAACUAUCCAAACACACGGUGGCCGCAGCGCCACUUGACUCCUUUCUGCAACCUCCUUCGCCGUCAGGGCAGCCCCGCCCAGGUGGGCCCUACACAGUGCGGUGCCCACGGCCCACCUGGAGGGCUCUGGGAAAACGUGAGAAGCACGGCAGAAAAGGCCGAGAUUGCCUUAAACAGCCUGUUAGUGGAAACGUGGCUUGGAAGGAGGUAGGGAUGCAUUUCGGGGAGUGGAGGAAAGGGAUCCUUGCUGCACAGCGGCAGAAUGUCUGUGACGCUGCAAAGUGAUGAGCAUGGAUACCAGCCGAGGACACGGAAGCAAAGUCUUGAAGGCACUGCCUGGGUUCGUACUGCUUAUAGUAAAAGGAGGGAGACAAACCGGAGUAAGAUCCGUUAACCCAAAAGAUUUCUCAGCCUCUCCAGGUAGCAAAAGAUGCUGAAAUCCAGAAAUGGCUGCUGAGCUGUUGACACAGAGGCCACACCACCUUCUGCUGAAACCUAGUAAAGACCUAAAAGUCAGAAGGUUCAGUCACAGGACAGGAUCUUCCCCCAGGAAGCAGCCAUCGGGCAGAGGGCAGCCCCGGUGCCCAGGACAGAAACCUGACUGGCUCAGGCUAAGAGGGACAGAGCACGCAGUGAGAGGGGCUGAUGCAACCCCAAAAUGCUGCUGGCAGGAAGCACGUUGAAAAAUGAACCAGCUGCAAAUGCCUUUCAUAAAAAAGGCAGGAAAAACUGGGUAGAACCCUCCCAGGGGGAGGCACUGGGCCAGGACUAUGGUCCCAGUGCCGCAUCAGAGCCCCCUUCCGAACCCUGACGCCCCACGGUGAACCCAAAUCGCUUCCUGUGCCUGUCCCACACUGCGUCCUGGAGAGGGGGCCACAGAUACGGAGCUGUGUGCAGAAGCUGUGCUUAAUGGGUCACCUGGGAAGCCUCAUCCACACCCAGUUUUGCACAUGGGAGGGAUGUGAAUCUUUGGGAGCCGGAGGGCAGGCUGCAGUAGGCAAAAUGCUAAAGUAACUCCUGCUACUUCCCGCCCUAAUCCCUGGGACGGUGCUAUGAUGGGACACCAUGCCUCUGAUCAGUUACACUACACUGCAAAGGGAAUUCUGCAGAUGUCCCUAAGGUUACUCAUCAGUUGAUUUUAAAAUAAGGAGACUCUCCUGGAUUAUUGGGUGAGUCUAAUCCAAUCACAAGUGCCCUCUGAAAGCAGAACAGGAAGCUGGAGCAGCUGUACGAAAAGGACUCAACUCGCUGCUCAGGGCUUCGAAGACAGACGGGCCUCUAGAGGCAGACAGCGGCCCCGGCGGCAACAGACCUCAGACCCCCAAUCACCGGGAGAUGGAUCCAGCCCACAGCCCCGGUGAGCCAAGUGGAUUCUUCCCUGACCAACUGCCUACAUGACAGCCCAGCCCGUGACUCUGGCCUUGUGAGACCUCGAGGCAGAACCCACUGAGCCUGCCUGGACUCUGCCCUACAGACCUUGAGCUCAUAAAUGGUGUUGUUUUCAGCCACCAAGUUUGUUACAGAAAAUAGAAACCGAAUACACACCCUGCACACUCCACCCAGACCUUCCUGGACCGUUAGGGAGCUCCGCUUCUGCAGUACGGCCUAAUGUUUAUAUUGCUACUUACUAACUUUUGUAGAAACAAUAAACAGUACGCAAUUUUGACAAGUAAAAACAGUGAUUUUUUUAAAAAAUGGUGACUUCUUUCCAAAUUAAACCUCCACAACAGAAUUUUUUUCACUCAUGAUGUUACUUAACUUUAUUAUAUAAAUACCAUCAAAGGUAUUUGCGUCUGCAUCAGACUCUUGUGUACCUAACUCCGCAUUUUCCUUUCAUGCAAAGUCUGCCAAUCAUGGGUACAAAUUAAUUUAAGGUGAUUAGGGAAAGUCUAUUCCUUGAGCCCAUGACUGACUGACUAGGGUACACAAUAGAAUUUUUCAGCUGAUAAAAGAUUUUUUACAAGAUUUUGUAUUUAUAAGCAAAGUAAUUAAGUACAGGUUUUCCUCUUGGAUAUCACAAAAGGAUGCUAAAUAGAGUCACUGAUACAUUUAAAAAGUGAGUUAUUUUAAAGACAUUUUUCAUCAACAGAUUAAAUUUAAAGGUAUCUUAAAUUUCAGUAAGAAUGUCUUCCAUUUAAUAACACUUCCCCUAGGUUCCUGGGCAGUUAUUUCAAAAUGGUAAUUUGUUACUGAGUAAAUGCUAAAACUGGAAUUGUUACUUUGAAAAUUAUUUAAAAGAUUGAUUGCCUGGUGAUACAAACUAUAUUAUAAUAUGACUGCAUAACUGAUUUCCUCCUAAAUAAAAGAAUCUAAAGAUUUCUUGAUCUCAUUAAACUUCCAGACCAUCUAUUCAAUUUAAACAACAACUUUAAGAUAAGAGAACAUACCUGAAGAAAAACAUGACAGUGCACGGAUCGUAUAACUCAUACAUUUUGUUGAAGUCAGGUACUUCUGUAAUAUCCACAAGAUAAAUAACUGCGAAAUUUUUAACCUAAAAGUAAAGGAGAUUGGGGGAAAAAAACUAAAAUAACAAAUCAACUUUUUAUUCUGUAAAAGCACAUUCAAAAACAAAAACAGAAGAAUUUGUGUAUAACAGGACAAUUUUCAAACUGACUCUGCAACAUUUUUUCCCAGUAGAGCUGCCAUGUAGGAAAUUACUUCAAGAGGAUCAGGGUCCUGAGCAACCGUCCAUUAACAUCUCAUUUAAUGUUUUUCAGAACAGCAAGUUAUGAGAAUCCUGCAGAAGACGUCCACAGAUACAUUAUGCACGCUGAUCUAGCAAUAAUCUAUGUGAACUUUUCCAAUUUGUACUUUCACAAAUACUGAAUUACACGCAUUAAACAACUGCUUUAAAACAUGCCUUUGGGAUUCAGCCACACACUCCCCUCUUACUGAGGUCUGGACACUUGCACAUACUAACGGCCUAACACCCCAAAUCACACUGCAGGUAACUAAGGUUCUUUAAUUUCUUCCACAGCUGGAAGCUCAUCAGAGAACAUCUGGAAAACCCAGAAAACCAUAAAUAAAACAACCUUCAACCCCAACACCCCGAGCUGACUGCUGAGAAUAUACUUUCACUAUAUUCUUUCCCAUUUCUUCUGGUAUAUAUGUUUCUACUCUUUUAACAAAUGUGAUCAUAGCGUGAUCACACUACAAGAUUUUGCAUCCUGCUUUAAUUGUGAGCAUCCUCUUAUAUGAACCGUAUACUUUACAUAAGAGAAAGACAAAACCAAAAUUUUAUGGCUACAUAACAGUUCACCAAGUGGCUAUGCCAUUAUUUUUACCAUUCUUUUGUUAUUUUCUUUGACUUUUCAUGAAUAUAAAUAAUUCAGAUUUUCACUGAUAUCAAUUAUUCACAUGUGCACAUUAUUACCCUUAAAUUCAUAUACAUACUUCAUUAUUUCCUAAGGAUAAACACCUAAAAUAGAAUCUUCAGAACAAAAGACAUGACAUUUUAAAGGCUCCUUGUAAAUACUGUCUCAACGCCUUUUAGGAAGUUAUACCGAUUUAUAUCAUGGGUUGAUUUAUGCCCUUUCACCCCGCAAGAAGAUAUACUGAAGUCCUGACCCCCAGUACUCAGAAUGUGACCUGAUCUGGGAAAAGGGUGCCUGCAGAGCUCAUCAGUGAAGGUCAAACGAGGUCAUCCUGGAGUCUGACCCCUAAUCCAAUCUGACUGGUGUUCCUAUAGGAAAAGGGCCAUGUGAAAACACACCAAGGGAGAAGCCACAUGAACACGGAGGAUUGGAGUGACGCACACCUAUAAGCCAUGGAGUGCCACAGAUCGCGGAAGACGCCAGGAGCUGGAAGAAACAAGAGGGGAUUCUCCCUUGAGGGUUUCAGAGGGAGCACGGCCCUGCUGACACCUUGAUUUCGGACUUCUGACCUCCAGGAUGUGAGGUUCUUCUUUAAAUCUUACCGGCAAAGCAAUCCAACACGAUGAAAUGACCAAACGGAAGGCGGGACGCGUUGUGAGGCGGGGCUGCGUUACCUUUUCAGCUAUGCUGUACAGAACCUCGUCCAUCUUCAUACAAGUAGGGUCCCAGUCGUGUCCAAACCGAAUGACGACCACGCGGUCUUCUUCCGAGAGGAUGGCCUGAUCCACUUGCCAGCCAUUGUGCAGCAGAGGCCCCAAAUUGAAGAUUAAAUGAUUGAAAAUGCCAUAUUCCAAAUAAAGAAGGCAGACCAGAUUUUUCCAGAUUUUGCAGAGGAGGCCACGGGCGAUCAGGACCUACCUGGAGUUUUGGUGUCUGGACUUGAAGGACAGUAUGGUAUAUGUGAAGAUCAUGCUGGAGACCUGCAGAAACGCUUUAAUCUCAUUACCAUGCAAGAAUUUUUGGAAAAUAAAACACAGCUGGGUCCAAAGACCCGAGCCGUGUACGUCUGGGGCGGAAGGCCGGCCGUUAGCCAGGAGCUGCGCACCCCGACCUGCUUGAAGAUCGUCGCUGGCAUAGGGGCGGGGCCGGACCACCUGGACCCGGGACUUAUUGCCAGCUUUGGUGUGAAGGCGGCCAACACGCCACACGCCGUUUCCAACCCCCCGGCAGACCUGGGGAUGGCCUUGCUGCUGGCCGCAGCUCAGAGAGUCGUGGAAGGUCAUCAUUUGGCCAUUUCGCCACAUACGGAGAACUUUUCUACAAGCUGGAUGGGUUAAGAAGUGACAGGGACCACUCUGGGAAUUAUCGGCGUGGGGAGCAUUGGCUGUAAGAUCGCUCAGAGGGCCAGAGCAUUUGAAAUGGAGAUUCUCUACCGCAGUAGGAAACGCAGAAAAUCGGAGGAGGAGGAAGCCAUUGGGGCCACUUGCUGUGAGAGGCUGGAUGACCUGCUUCAGCGAUCGGACUUUGUGAUGUUGGCUGUGAGCCUGACGCCCCAGGCCCGGGGCCUGAUCGGGAAGCGCGAGCUGAGUGCGAUGGAGCGCACUGCUACUCUCAACAUCGGCAGCGGUCUGUUAGUUGAUCAAGACGCCCUGGUGGAAGCCCUUCAGACCGGGGUCAUUAAAGCAGCAGCACUGGAUGUGACGUACCCAGAACCCCUGCCAGAUCAUCCUUUGUUGGAGUUGAGGAACGUCACUCUGACACCUCACAUUGGAAGUGCAACUCAUCAAGCAAGACGACAGACAAUGGAAAAUUUGGUUGAAAGCAUCCUGGCUUCUCUCAAUGGCCUUCCUAUUCCUAAUGAAGUGCUAUUUAAAUGAUUUAUGUGGGCUGAGAAUUCAAUGGGAUGAAAACAUGGCAGAUUAAAUGGACAAAAAACACUAACUUUGUAUGUUAAGAGUCCAUUAUAUAGAUUGAAUUAAUACUACUUAGAUGAAAAACUUAAGGAAUAGUAAUCAUAGUUACCACCCGUUGAAAGUUUGUUAAAUUCUUUCCUUACACUCUCACUUCGUCCUCAAGGCAGCUGUAUGAGGGAAGUUAUGUUGUUACGAUUCGUAAUGAAACUGAGCACAGAGAAUUACUUGUCCAAAGUCCAAAAGCCUGCACUAGGUCUACGGA